AUGGAAGAGAGGGUGCCGCUUCUGCCGCAGUACACGUUGCGGAACGGCGACGGACGGGAGGAGAAGUGCGGCGGCGGCGUGAGGUGGUGGAGGGACCUGCUGGCGCGGGAGGCCGGCAAGGUCGGUUGCGUGGCCCUGCCGAUGGCGGCCGUGAGCGUGUCGCAGUACGCGGUGCAGGUGGCGUCCAACAUGAUGGUCGGCCACCUCCCCGGCGUCCUCCCGCUCUCCGCCUCCGCCAUCGCCACCUCCCUCGCCACCGUCUCCGGUUUCAGCCUCCUCAUUGGGAUGGCAAGUGGAUUGGAAACUCUAUGCGGUCAAGCCUAUGGGGCAAAACAGUAUGACAAACUGGGGAUGCACACCUAUAGAGCUAUAGUCACACUCAUUGUUGUGAGCAUUCCAAUUUCACUUCUGUGGGCAUUCAUAGGCAAACUCCUGAUCCUCAUAGGUCAGGACCCCUUGAUCUCAAAGGAAGCUGGGAGAUACAUAGCCUGGCUGAUUCCAGGUCUCUUUGCAUACGCCAUCAGCCAGCCUCUCACAAAAUUUCUACAGUCUCAGAGUCUGAUAUUUCCUAUGCUUUGGUCCUCCAUUGCAACUUUGCUCUUGCACAUUCCUCUUUGUUGGUUAUUAGUGUUCAAGACCAGUUUGGGGUAUAUUGGAGCUUCUUUGGCGAUAAGCUUGUCAUAUUGGUUAAAUGUGAUUAUGCUUGCUGCUUACAUCAGAUAUUCGAAUUCUUGUAAGGAAACCCGCUCACCUCCUACUGUUGAGGCUUUCAAAGGAGUUGGUGUGUUUCUACGCCUAGCUCUGCCAUCUGCACUGAUGUUGUGUUUCGAAUGGUGGUCUUUUGAGAUCCUUAUUCUUGUCUCAGGGAUUUUACCAAAUCCAGAGCUGCAAACUUCAGUUCUUUCAAUCUGUUUGACGACUAUCUCGUUAAUGUAUACUAUACCUUAUGGGCUUGGAGCGGCUGCAAGCACUAGGGUAGCAAAUGAAUUGGGUGGUGGUAACCCUGAAGGAGCUCGAUCAUCUGUUCGGGUUGUCAUGUGUAUUGCAGUGAUGGAAGCAGUUAUAAUCACAGUUAUAUUGUUAGCGUCACAGCACAUCUUGGGCUAUGCAUAUAGCAGCGAUAAGGAUGUUGUCAUGUAUGUCAAUGCAAUGGUUCCCUUUGUGUGCGUCUCUGUUGCUGCUGACAGUCUACAAGGUGUUCUAUCAGGUAUCGCCCGAGGAUGCGGGUGGCAACACUUGGGCGCCUAUGUCAACCUGGGCUCGUUCUAUCUCGUUGGGAUUCCAACAGCACUCUUCCUCGGUUUUGUUCUGAAGAUGGAGGCGAAAGGGCUUUGGAUGGGCAUUUCCUGCGGCUCCAUAGUGCAGUUCUUACUUCUUGCCGUUAUAACAUUCUUCAGCAACUGGCAGAAGAUGUCUGAGAAGGCAAGGGAGAGAGUUUUCAGCGAUGAGCCGUCAGAUAAGGAACCUUUGGAAUCGGAUGGAUCGAAUUUGUUCUAA